UCUCCGAACAGUUCGGUCGCACUUGCUUUAGCCCAUUGGCUGUAGAAAUCAACUUUGUGCGGCCCACAGUGAUUGAUAUGUUACGACGUAUUAGGCAUGAUCCUCCGAGUUGAAUUUCACAGUUGAAAAUCAAAAAGAAGUACAGAAGAUUUUGAUCGAAAAAAUAAAAAAAAUAAAAAUUUAAUUAAUUAAGCAGUGUAAGUCCCGUACGAUUCAUCUGCGUCUAUAAUAUAAUUGAUACUUCAAUAGUGCUGGUUAUGUGCUUUUUGUUGUGAUUGUGUUUUUUGUCAGUGCGCGCGGAAUUUUGACUGUUUAAUCGUUUGGUUAUUAUAUAUUUGUUUAUAAAUUUUUUCUUUCGUCAAAAUUUUUUGAUUUUGGUAUUCCGUUUCCUCGUCUGACUUCGUUAACAACAUCAAAACUCCGGCUCGCAAGACGUUUCCGAACGAAUGGUUAUACUUUUCCACCGCUCCCUGAUCCGCUGGCAGUCGAGGAACGGAAUUUCGCAGUAAAAUCGGAUUAUCUCCUCCGGAUCGCUGUCAAAUUUGAACAAGGAGUUACAAAUCGAGACUCGGUGGGUCGGUCGGACGCAUGGUGUUGCGGUGAAUUUCAAGAGCAAAGUGUACCCUAGAGCCAGUAAUUCGUUGGAAAUAGAUGACCGUUCUGGAUCGAUCCCCGGAGAAAAGUUUCCAUCGUCGAGAACCGUACCCCCGUGGGGUACGCUACCUCGUCAGUAGCGUCCAGCAUCAAGAUAAGGGCGUUGAAGCUCUGGAAAGAUGAACGGGGUCAGGCUAGUUCGCUAGUCGUGGAGCAGACCUGCACCGUUCCUGUCCACGCUAGAUCCGAUAGUAGGCCUCCUGGGCAAAAGGGGGGCCCUAAAUACGCCGGCCCCGAGGGUCCUUCGCGGGACAAGGUAUUCUCCUGGAUUCCGCCGAAAGCGGAUACUCGAGAGGAGGGUGGUGAGGCGAAGCGCCUCGAGUGCGUCUUAAAACUUUCCUCCGGCGUGGGUGAGGCGGUGGACUCCUCUCUAUCCGCAGAUUCCGUAGCCGAGGGCGUCGUCGAGGUUUCGCGCGACAACCCCGAGGUGAAAGACGUUCGACGAUCGGUGAGAGGUCCGAACGCGCUACCGAGGAAAACUUCAAAGCGUCGUCGCGCGGCGGUUCGCGAAUGCGGCGGAUCGGUUGCCACGGCUCCGACGGGAAGUAGAAACUCCGGCAACUCCGUGACCCGGAGUGCUGCGGCUCUAGAGCAAAUCGGGAACCAUCCACCCGCGGAAUUUUUCCUUCCGGCCAAUCAAACCCGACCCAACAUUAGCGAGAAUCGUGUCGUUAAUCUACGCGCCCGUUCGACCCCGGCUACCGGCGGUCAAACCCGGGAUACUUCGGCGAUCGCCAGAAAUCCCGUAACGGAUCAAAGGACCCGAUCCGACGUACAAACGAGAAUUACGCUCAACCAGCGAGUGGAAGUUGCUUACUAUUCGACGACAGCCGCGACUUACGACGAGGACAAUAUUCUACCCAAGCGGCAGGAAAAGUUCGUCAAAAUCCUCGAGGGAUCCAACCGUACGGUGAAGAGAAUAAAUAAAAACAUCAUAAGAAUGGCUCGUGCUAUGACGCCCUCUUGGUCCCUCCGUCUGUUGGGCGUGAGUUGUGGAUCCGUUAUGUGUGCUUGGGGACUUUUGUUGAUAUUUUCUACUAUCGGAGGAGCUUCUCACGACACCGGUGUCGGAAACUUCGGGAUUAGAAACCUCGGGAGUCAAAUCGAGGACGCGGAAGGUGCCAGGUGCCCUUGGGCCUGCAACUGCGGGGGACAGGAAUUGGACUGCUCUCAUCGGGCGCUCACUCAAGUUCCGGGGGAUCUCGCCGUUCCUCUUCUCGCCGAAAAAUUGGAUCUCCAAGGCAACAACAUCUCCGUCAUUUUCAAAACCGAUUUCGAAGACAUGGCCACGCUGCACGUGCUUCAACUGUCCAGCAAUCAAAUUCACACCAUAGAAAGAGGAGCCUUCCAAGAUCUGGUGGGUGUUGAAAAACUUCGACUGAACAACAACCAGAUAAGAUAUUUGCCGGAUCUCCUCUUCAGCAAUAUGAUGAACCUCAAACGACUAGAUCUGAGUCACAACCAGAUCGCCAUGCUCGGACCAAAGACUUUGAGAGGAGUUUCAUCCCUUAAACACUUGCUGCUCGAUAACAACGUGUUGACCUGUAUCGACGAGGCGUCCAUCCGGGAAUUGAAGGACCUCGAAAUACUGACGUUGAACAACAAUAAACUGACAACUCUCGGCAAAGAAAUGCUUUCGGGAUUGUCACGACUCCGUACUUUAAGACUGGGUGAAAACUCGUUGUCUUGCGAUUGUCACCUCGCCUGGUUGUCCAGACACUUGAGAAACAAUCCACGUCUCGGACAACACACGAGGUGUGCGAGUCCCGCAAAUUUGAAGGGGCACAGCCUGUCCGAUCUGCAGGAACAAGAGUUCAAAUGCUCCGGAUUGGUGGAACGUCCGAGUUCGGAAUGUAGCGCGGAGCCGCAAUGUCCGCAUCCUUGUAGAUGUGCCGACGGAAUCGUCGACUGCCGAGAAAAUUCCCUCACGAAAGUCCCCACUCAUCUCCCCGAGGACACAACUGAAUUACGUUUGGAGCAGAAUGACAUAACGGAAAUACCACCGAAGGCUUUCUCACCGUAUAGAAAAUUGAGACGGAUUGACUUGAGCAACAAUAAAAUCAAGAAAGUCGCCGCAGAUGCAUUCCAUGGAUUGAAAUCGCUUCAGUCGCUGGUUCUCUACGGAAACAAAAUUGCGGAACUUCCAGCUGGACUUUUCCAAGGACUCACAAACCUGCAACUUUUAUUGCUAAACGCCAACGAAAUAUCUUGCAUUCGAACGGACCUUUUCAAGGAUUUAACGAGUCUAACUCUCCUCUCGUUGUACGACAACAACAUAAAAUCAUUGGCGAACGGGACAUUCGCGAAUUUAAGAAGCAUCCAGACACUGCAUUUGGCGCGAAACCCAUUCAUCUGCGAUUGUAAUUUGCGCUGGUUAAACGUCUACCUACAAGCACACCCCAUCGAGACUUCGGGAGCGAGGUGCGAGGCACCCAAACGAAUACAUCGUCGGCGAAUUGAUGCCUUGCGCGACGACAAGUUCAAAUGUAAGGGCGAUGAAGAACUGCUCACAAAACGAGCUGGAGAAUGUGUCUUGCCAGGAUCUUGCCCCUCGCCCUGCACGUGCAACGGGGCUACCGUUGAUUGCUCGGACAAGAAACUCACGGCUAUUCCGAAAGAUAUACCCAUUUACACGUCCACCUUAUUACUGGGAAACAAUGAAUUGGACAAAAUCAAAGCCGAAGGGAUUUUCGAGAAAUUACCGGAACUACAGCACUUGGAUUUGCGAAGGAACAAAAUUUCUCGCAUCGAAGCAUCGGCCUUUCAGGGAUCCAAUAAACUUACUGAUUUAGUACUGGCUGAAAAUAAAUUGAGGGAAGUUCAUAACAAGAUGUUUACCGGACUGACCAAUCUGAAAACGCUAAAUCUUCACGGAAAUGUCAUCACUUGUGUUAUGCCAGGAUCCUUCGACAGCUUGGCACAUAUCCAUACCAUUAAUCUGCAAGGCAAUCCUGUAUCGUGCAAUUGCCAUUUAUCGUGGUUUGCCGAAUGGCUCAGAAAGCGCGAUCUUCAAGGGAUAACUGGACGUUGUCAUGAUCCGCCGAGACUGAAAGAUGCCAUCAUCAAGGAUAUACCUCAGCACGAGUUCAAGUGCAACAAUGACAGCAUCGGAUGUCUCGGUGACGAUUACUGUCCACCCCAAUGUCAUUGCGCUGGUUCUGUCGUCAGAUGUUCCAGAUCACGAUUAACAGAAAUUCCACGAGGAGUUCCUCCCGAAACAACGGAACUUUAUCUGGAUGUCAAUGACAUUAAAACGAUCCAAGUCGAGAGGCUGAAUCAUCUCAGAGCGCUUACCAGACUAGAUUUGAGUAACAAUCAAAUCGGAAUGUUAUCCAAUGACACGUUCAGAAACCUCACAAAACUUUCGACACUAAUUAUAAGUUACAACAAACUGCAGUGUGUUCAGCGUAAUGCACUUGCAGGGCUAAAAUCGCUCCGAAUCAUUUCACUCCACGGAAAUGACAUAUCGCUGAUACCAGAAGGAGCCUUUGAGGAUUUGAAAUCCAUUACUCAUCUCGCGAUCGGAGCCAAUCCACUUUAUUGCGACUGCAGUAUGAGGUGGCUGGCUGAGUGGGUGAAAAAAGAUUUCGUUGAGCCAGGCAUUGCUCGAUGCAUGGACCCAGCAGCAAUGAGAGAUAAAUUGUUACUGACGACUCCAGCGUCUGCCUUUCAGUGCAAAACAAAACAGCAGCCAGCCGAGGUCCUGGCCAAGUGCGACAUGUGCUACACAACCCCUUGUCAGAACGGAGGAUUCUGCGAAACGCUACCCGACAGGGAAUUUCGUUGUAAGUGCGCACCAGGAUAUCACGGGGACCGGUGUCAGCAUAAAAUUGACGCGUGCUAUGGAAAUCCUUGCCGGAACGCCGGAACUUGCAAAGUACUGGAGGAAGGAAGAUUCAGUUGCGUCUGCUCCUCCGGUUACGAGGGGCUCAGAUGUGAGACCAACAUCGACGACUGCGUGGACAACAAAUGUUCGAACAACUCGACCUGUGUGGACCUGGUCCAGGCCUACAGAUGCGAGUGUACCCCGGGAUUCAUGGGAGAAUACUGUAAGGAGAAGAUACCCUUCUGCACAAAAGGACACGACCCCUGUGAGAACGGAGGUCGCUGCGUCGACCACCAGACCUACUACAGCUGCGAGUGCCCACUCGGAUUCACGGGCUCUAACUGCUCAAACAACCUGGAUGAUUGCGCUAAUCAUCUGUGCCAGAAUGGUGCAACUUGCAUCGACGGCAUAAAUAAUUAUGAAUGUAAGUGCGCGGGGGAGUUUACAGGGAGGUAUUGCGAAGUGGCGCCGGCAAUCGCCAUGCUUUAUCCCCAAACAAGCCCUUGUGCUCAUCACGAUUGCCAGCACGGCGUUUGCUUUCAACCCUCUCCUGCUUCCACCGCGGACUACCUUUGCCAGUGCCAUCCCGGUUAUACUGGAAAACGAUGCGAGUACCUGACAAGUCUGAGCUUUGUGGAUAACAGCUCGCUGGUCGAGUUGGAGCCACUUCGCACAAGGCCUGAAGCCAACGUGACCAUAGUGUUCACCACGACCCAUGAAAACGGCGUUCUGCUUUACGACGGACAGAAUGGAGAACACAUUGCAGUGGAAUUGUAUAACGGUCGUGUCAGAGUGUCGUACGACGUCGGCAAUUACCCUACCUCAACAAUGUACAGCUACGAAAUGGUGUCCGAUGGAAAACCACAUAAAGCCGAGUUAUUAGCUAUAAAAAAGAAUUUCACUAUGAGCGUCGACAGCGGACCAGCCAGAAGCAUCAUCAACGAAGGACCGAGAGAAUAUCUCAAAUUAACGGCGUCCAUGUUCAUUGGUGGUGUUCCUCCAGAAACAGCCAGCGUUGCGUUCACCGAGUUUCAUCUGAGAAACACUACCAGUUUCCAAGGUUGUAUCUCGGAAAUGUGGAUCAACCACAAACUGGUGGACUUCAGUAACGCAGCAAAGAGAAACAAAGUUACACCAGGGUGUACUUCUGGGGAAGAAGAGGCUGACGAAGCAAGCAGCACGGAUACAGGCGACAUCAGUAGUAGCAGUGAAGAGGCCAACGAGCAAAUCAGUCGUGAACAUUCUGACAUAGCCGUAUCAGCACCAGGCGCAGGAGUGAGUGAUCUAUGUGCGGGACAUGAAUGUAAAAAAGGAUCACAAUGUAUUCCGUCUCCGUUCGGAAAUGGAUACACUUGCCGAUGCCAAGCAGGGUGGCAGGGAUUAUUCUGCGAAAAAGCACCAACGUGUCGCAAAGAACACACUCGAGAAUACUACAGCGAAAAUGGAUGUCGCAGUCGACGUCCUGUUAAAUUAGCCAAGUGCUGGGGAAGCUGUGGUAACUCCUGUUGCCGACCGCGUAAGACCAAGAGACGCAAGGUCCGUCUAAUUUGCACUGAUGGUACACGAUACACGAAGGACGUGGACCUCGUGCGUAAGUGCGCGUGCACACGUAAGUGCUACUAGACCCAACGCACAUCUCACGCACUAAUAUUGCCCAGAAGUAAUAGUAGGUAAUCCAGCCUUCAACUUGAAAUUUUUUAAAAUUAUUAUCGAUAACCAACAAUAAUUAAUAAUAUCAAUAAGAAGUGAAUCAGUGAAGAAGUGCGGGGUACACUAGAUGGACACACAGCUGGCUCAGUGUGAUAUGUAUUAUUGAAUAUAUUAUACAAUACGAUAAACUAUAUAUUAAAAAUAGAUGUAACAAGUAACGAACACAUGAACUACGUAUUAACGAACAUGGGUACAUAGUAUUGCAAAGUAUAUGAAUUUAACAUAACUUAUAAGCUGUUUACAUGACGAAAUACAUUUAAUAUGUAUUAUUCUCACAAAAGACCCGUAAUUAUUCAAAGUUUAGUUCUCUAACGAUAAUGUUCCGAUAUAUACUGAAUCGCAGACUGUAAAAUGUAAACAAAUCGUCACUUUUGUCAGUAGAUUUAUGUUCUACUAGCUUUUAGAUAAUUAUCAAAUAGAUAUAAAUAUAUACAUAAAUAUAUAUAUAUUAUAAAUACACAUAAAAUUCUGCGUACUAGGCGUAAUUUAAUUAUAUAGACAAUUUUUGAUAAGAUUUAUCAUUAAUAUUUAAUAGUUAUACAUAUGUUAUAUAGGUAUACUAUGGCUAUUAUGAAUGAAGAUAAUUUAUGGCCGAGUAAACCGUAUAUAUCGAGGUAUUUGUAAACGAGUAUAUUUUAUCUAUUUAAACAUACGUAUAUCGAAGCUAAUAACUGGUGGUAACGUUUUAUGCCAGAUCAUUGCAUACACAGACACAUACUCCUCAGAAAUCGGUAUAACAUGAACAGUGCGUAAAACUGCGUGACGCCAAAUUUUAUACAUUAUUUACACGCAAUUGUAAUUAUACGAAAAUAAUGUUGAUUUCGAAACAUGAAUACUGCACGUGAUUUUUUCGUACGAAUGCGUGUGCACGGUUCAAGUUUCGUCUGAUAUGUGGUGUAUAUUAAAACUGAAAAAAAUUCAUCUAUUAUUGUAUAAUACGAAGCAUAGACGUUAAGAAAAUUUAUCAUCUUGCUUUCGUACAUCUACUAAACGCAGACAUUGUUCAGGCAAAGCGAUCAGAUAUUUAUCAAAUGCAUCGCGUCCACACUCACGCUACGUUCACCUGAAAUCAACCACAUUCAUAUUUAUCGUUUUAUGUGUACUAAAAAUAAGAAUUGUGCAUUAAAAAAAUUCAUCGAGUCGGUUUCUUCGCAGAGUUAAAUACCAGAAAACCAUUUGCAUAUAAAAAUUCAAGAUUAUCGAAGCUUCCGCGGAGGUAAUACGCUACUCGCGUACACCUACGCGUCUCCGCUAAGGAAAAAUAAGAUUAUUGUAAUACGUUGGUCUUAUAUAUUAGCGAAAUACUUUUUCAAUUUUAACAAUUCCAUACAAGUAGUAAGUCAUAAAUUAAUGAUACAUCAUUAUUUAUUGGUUUUCAUAGAAUAUUACAACUUAUUUUUGUAAGGGCCGAAGUUGGAGUUUCUAUUCUACACUAUUAUUAGUAAUUGGUGAAGCAUUUCGGCGGUAGUAGAUAGCCUUUGUAAUUAUUAUCUAUAACUUGUAAGGUAUGUUCAAUUUCAUGGCUUGCCACGCUCCAAUAAGCAUUAGUAGUUUUAUUACUGUCCCACAAUUUUUAUCAGUGAUAUGAACCUGAAAUUCGAAAACGUAUAUGUAUUGAAAUACUGCCAAUAUUUUUCAUAUAGGAUUUACUCAUACCGUGCUUCUUCUCAUGAUAUAUUUACAUUAUUUUUAACUCAUAAUUAGAUUUACAUGCGUACUAUUAUUUAUAUACCUAUGCGACUCUGAAAGGAGAACUGUUUUAAUACAAUUAUUUCCAACAAACUACAGUAAAUGGAUUUGUUCAUUGAGACGUGGGUAUAACAAUUUUAAAUGUCAUCAAACGAUUUCGGCAAGCCAUAAAUGCAUAACGGUAUAAUAACGGAGACAGAAGGAUCCCAUUUCCUAUUGUAACAAAACAUACCUACGUUCAUAUUUUUAAUUAUUUAAUCGUUCGAACAUGUAGCUGUAUGAUAUAUUAUAAUUUAAUAGUAUUAAUAGCUGUGUAAGCGUGUGUUCUGUCUACGAUUAAUAUACCGAAUACACAUAGAUAUAGUUGAUACCGUUAAUUAAUAUAUUCAAAACACAAAAAUGAAAAUUACGAAAGAAAAACAACAACAACAACCUAUUCGAUAUAUUAUUAAUAAAAUAAAAAAAUAUCUAUUAUUUAUUUUCUAUCGACAAAAGCGUAGCGUUAUGUAUAAUUAAGGCAGCUAAGUCUUACACUGGCUAUUACUGAAUAAUGAGACCCCAAUUUUGACCAAUCUGCGUAUGGAAUUACGAAAUAAGUUUAGUGUCAGAGGGAAUAAAUGUAAAUGCAUUUGAUGGCAGUGAAAACUCAGAUAUACACGUCUUUUUGUGGACAAUAAUUAGCAUGACCUAAGUGUGUAAUGACAUGGAACGAAAAAGUGACGCAAACUAAAAUAUUAUAAAGAGAAAAGUGUGUAGAGAUAAGGGGGUUACAAUAACAGAAAUUCUCUCCUUUUUUUUUCUAUUUCAUUUUUGUCUCUGCUGCAAUCUACUAACAUCGCCAAAGGGAUAGAGAAUAUGUGAUCUCCACAUUACAUUUAUUUAAUUCAAAACUCUAUUUUUUCUGACUUCCAGAAACAAAUACAGCAAUUCCAGGAUGGUUACUUUUGGGACAAUUUUGUAAUGUAAUUUUUGCAGCUGUAAAAACAAAAAAUAUACUUUUGUGUCUAUUCAA